CAAAAGCAAGAGAAGAAAUCUGCCAUGGACUCCCUAAAUUCAACACACUCUGCAGCUACCUUUGUGCGUCCUCCAUUCUUUUUCAUCAAUGGCUUCUAUAAUAUUCCUCAUGUCAAAUACUACUAUAUUUUCUUACUCUUUGUGUUUUUGGUCACUGUGUUAGGCAACUCCUUUGUCAUGUUUAUUAUAUGCACAGAACACAGUUUUCACACCCCAAAGUAUAUCACUCUCUUUAAUUUAGCUGUAGCUGACUUGUGUGGAAGUACUGCUCUCAUUCCUAAUUUAAUUGCAACAUUUCUUUUUGACUCCCAGUACAUCUCCUUUGAUGCUUGCAUAGCCAAUAUGUUUUUUGUGUUUUUCUUUGCCAGUAUGGAGUCUCUCACUCUUACUGUUAUGGCCUAUGACAGAUUUGUAGCAAUCUGCUUACCACUGAGAUACCAUGCCAUUAUCACUAACACAAAAAUGGCUGUGAUGAUCACAAUUUUAUGGACAUACAAUUCAGUAUUACUUAUUUCAACAAUGGUUUUGAUAACAAGGUUGUCCUUCUGUAAAUCUAUUGUGGUAAAUAGCUUUUUCUGUGAUCACGGGCCCAUAUAUAGAAUGGCUUGCAAUGACAAUUAUCCAAACCAUGUUAUGGCUUAUAUGAACACAGUAUUUUCUCUUCAUAUACCAUUUGUUUUGAUUCUGUUAUCUUAUGUGUUCAUUACACGUGCACUGUUUAAAAUUGCAUCAUGGGAAGGACGAUUAAAAGCGUUGAAGACCUGUUCGUCCCACCUAAUACUGGUGGCCAUAUAUUAUCUCCCAAUAAUAGCCACCUACAUUGCUGGAGGAAUUUUUACCAUUCAUCCUAAUGCUAGGAUAAUAAACACAUCACUGUCUAUUGCUAUACCACCAAUGCUGAAUCCCAUUAUUUAUGUGCUGAACACAGAGGAGAUCAAGGAAUGCACAAAAAAGCUUUUCAAGAGGAACAAGGUCACUGCAACUGCAACAAAUAAUCAAAUACAGAAAUGA